AUGGCUACAAAUGCCGAGUCAUCAGCCAUGGCCGUCGCAUCCGACGUUGUUGUUUGGGGCCUAGUUUACAAUGAUGAGUACAAGAAAAAGGUGGAAGAGAAAACAAUUGAAGAGUUUCACAAAGAGAGGUUGCCCCAGAAGAAAUCCGCGGCCAAGCCUGGUAAAGCCGAAGAGAACGAUGCUGAUGGAGAAGAGAUGGGCGAGAACAUCGUAGCCCCAGCAGGAAAAGUGUUAAAAGGAAUCUUGUACGGAGAUGGUAAACGACAAGAAGUCCGCGCGACUACAUCAUUCUGCCCUAUCUUUGGUCCUAAAGAACGAAAAACCGGACUGGAGCGGUACAGCCCGAGGACGAGCUUGCUAGAUAUUUAUUGGGAAAUGAUCCCAAUCGAUGGAAAGUCAUAUGACAAGGCUAACGAGCGAGAUGGUGUCAAAGCCCAAGCAAUGGGCCCAUCCAAAGGAAACCCAGAUAUUCACUGUGAUGUGGAAAAGGACAUCUUCAUCAUAGAUCGACACGCUUUGGCAUGUGUCGAGCGUCCCGACGGCGUCAACGGCAAAGACAAAGUCGAUAUUUUUGCGAAGAACGAGACCGAGUCGAAGAACGAUACUAAGUCGAAGAGAGAUACCAAGACAGCUCGUCAGCGGAUUGACGAUUGGCUUCUACGCCCACGCAACGUUCUAUUCAACGUCAACGACCCGGGCAGUCUUCUGAUCUACUUGGACCUCCUCGAGAGAGCAUCGACGUACGGAAAGGACGAGAGCAAAAAACUUCUCAAUCAGAAGAGGACAGUUGGCUUCUUCUCGGGCCCCAAGCAGUGCAGCCACGAUGGCUGCAACAAAUGGCGCGACACGCAAUCGAAGAAGAUGCGCACUCCUGCGCAAAAGAAUAUCUUAAAGCAUCCUUGGUGGGUCUUUGCGGACUUCUGCCCGAUGGACACACCUGCGAUCUCUUUUAAGACUUCGCAACAUCCUAAGGAUGUUAUUGCAAUCGAGAACAUCUCCAAUGAAGACGCCAAACGCGCUCGUGCCUUCUGCCACGCGAUGCUAAACCAUUCUGCCUUCAAGGAGGGCUACAGCAUCUUACACCAGGCCAACAUGUUCCCGCUCUUGGUUCACGCCAGUGGUCAAUGUCUGACUACUAACGACACCUCGAAGUACAAGCUAGAUCGUAUUGUUCGUCAAGUGGAGGGUGGAGGUGCAUGCUACAACUGCGGCGAAAACCGCGAUCCGUUAAAGAUCUUCGUUGGAAACGGCAUUCCGAAGGAUCAAACCACGGGAUUGGUCUACCUCCAUUACAAGGGCGAUGAGGAUGCCAUCAUGGCGGAUGAGGAUACCAUCAUGGCGGAUGCGGAAUGA